GAUGGUUGUGUCUUAACAAUUCUAAUUUAAAAAAAUUAUUACUAUUUUUUCAUCAGAGCCAUCACACUGGAAAAUAAUUUUUUAUUUUCACGAUAGCCUACCAUUGAAUUUACCAUUCUGAUAUUAAUGAAACAUCUCUAUAAAGGGUUGAAGUGUCUUCCCGGAUUGUCAACUUGUUUUAUUUUGUUUAUUUUCUUCAAGCAACAACCUCUAAGGAACAGAAUUGUCAAUUUAUUAAUGAAAUAUGACGUGUGUUGAACAAGACAAGCUGGGUCAAGCAUUUGAGGAUGCUUUUGAGGUUCUGAGGCAACAUUCAACUGGAGAUCUUCAGUACUCACCAGAUUACAAAAAUUACCUGGCUUUAAUCAACCAUCGUCCUCAUGUCAAAGGAAAUUCCAGCUGCUAUGGAGUGUUGCCUACAGAGGAGCCUGUCUAUAAUUGGAGAACGGUAAUUAACAGUGCUGCGGACUUCUAUUUUGAAGGAAAUAUUCAUCAAUCUCUGCAGAACAUAACUGAAAACCAGCUGGUACAACCCACUGUUCUCCAGCAAAAGGGGGGAAAAGGCAGGAAGAAGCUGCGACUGUUUGAAUACCUUCACGAAUCCCUGUGUAAUCCAGAGAUGGCAUCUUGUAUUCAGUGGGUAGAUAAAACCAAAGGCAUCUUUCAGUUUGUAUCAAAAAACAAAGAAAAACUUGCCGAGCUUUGGGGGAAAAGAAAAGGCAACAGGAAGACCAUGACUUACCAGAAAAUGGCCAGGGCGCUGAGAAAUUAUGGAAGAAGUGGGGAAAUUACCAAAAUCCGGAGGAAGCUUACUUACCAGUUCAGUGAGGCCAUUCUCCAAAGACUCUCUCCAUCCUAUUUCCUGGGGAAAGAGAUCUUCUACUCACAAUGUGUUCAACCUGAUCAAGAAUAUCUCAGUUUAAAUAACUGGAAUGCAAAUUAUAAUUAUACAUAUGCCAAUUACCAUGAGCUAAAUCACUAUGAUUGCUAAAUAUACUCUCAUAUUUCAUGGUUUACUGGCAUCGGAAAUCCCUACAAAUUUUAAGGAUUUCUCCCUCUGUCUCUUUUUUCCCUCCUCUGAAGAAAUUUAGAAUUUUUCUCUUAAAGCAAAUACUAAAGAGAAAAAAAUUAACUUUAUUGUUGCUUUUAUCAAAGAGCAUGUGAUCUAUACUAACUUGUUGGGAAAUUCUACCAGUGAAAAAACUUUUUUAUAAUA